AUGGCCUUCCUUCAAUGGCUAAGGGAAGGCUUCAAGCCCUCCAUGCUACUUGCAUCCAUUUUUCUAAUGGUAGUGCUCAAGUUCUUCUUAAAGAGGAAGUUCAGAAAAAGAAAGCUGAAUCUCCCCCCAAGCCCUCCAAAGCUUCCGAUUAUUGGCAAUCUUCACCAGCUUGGUAACAUGCCUCACCUAUCUCUCCGCUGCCUGGCUGAGAAGUUUGGUCCAAUCUUCUACUUAAAACUUGGCCAGGUCCCAACAGUAGUAGUUUCAUCGGCUAAAAUGGCGAAGGAAGUGAUGAAAACCCAUGACCUUGCACUUUCAAGCCGCCCUCAGAUUUUUUCAGCUAAACACCUAUUUUAUGACUGCACUGAUAUUGUCUUCUCCCCUUAUGGUGCUUACUGGAGGCAUAUACGGAAAAUUUGUAUACUUGAGCUACUGAGUGCUAAACGAGUUCAGUCUUUCAGCUUCGUCAGAGAAGAAGAAGUAGCUCGUCUGGUUCAUCGGGUAGCGGAGAAUUAUCCCAACACGACUGAUCUAACCAAGACACUUGGACUGUAUUCAAAUGAUGUUCUUUGCCGGGUUGCAUUUGGAAAGGAUUUCUCAGAAGCAGGGGACUAUGAUCGAUAUGGGUUUCAGAAGAUGCUUGAGGAGUAUCAAGAAUUACUUGGGGGAUUUAGUAUUGGAGAUUUCUUCCCGUCCAUGGAGUUUAUUCACAGCCUAACGGGCAUGAAACCAAGACUCCAGAAGACCUUCCAACGCUUCGACAAGUUUUUUGAUGAGGUAAUAAAUGAGCAUCUCAAUCCUGAUAGAGAAGAGAACAAGCCAGACCUUGUGGAUGUUUUACUUGACAUACAAAAGAAUGGAUCUCACGAAAUGCCUCUCACCAUGGAUAAUGUUAAAGCCAUCAUCUUGGAUAUGUUUGCUGCAGGAACUGAUACAACCUUCAUAACCCUUGAUUGGGGAAUGACAGAACUUAUCAUGAACCGAAAAGUCAUGGAGAAAGCUCAAGCCGAAGUUCGAAGCAUUCUAGGAAAGAGAAGAGUUGUACUGGAAAGUGAUCUGCCUCAGAUGCACUACUUGAAAGCUGUCAUCAAAGAGAUCUUCCGAUUGCACCCUCCUGCUCCAGUCCUAGUGCCAAGGGAAUCUAUGGAGGAAAUUACAAUUGAAGGGUAUGGUAUUCCAGCAAAAACACGAUUUUUCGUAAAUGCCUGGGCGAUAGGGAGGGACCCAGAAUCCUGGGAUAAUCCUGAAACCUUUGAACCAGAAAGAUUUACGGACAGCACUAUUGACUUCAAGGGGCUGGAUUUCGAGCUCAUACCUUUUGGGGCUGGUAGAAGAAGCUGCCCAGCUAUUACAUUUGGAACAGCAACUGUUGAGCUUGCUCUAGCACAGCUUCUCCACAGCUUUGAUUGGGAGCUUCCCCCCGGUAUUGAUGCUAAAGAUUUGGAUAUGACUGAAGUUUUUGGCAUUACAAUGCACAGGAUAGCCCAUUUAGUUGUUGUUGCCAAGCCACACUUUCCCAAAUAAAAUGCAUCAAAUAUCAAUCAUCAUCAAGAAACAAGUCCAAUGAUAACCUAAGCAGAAUCAAUCAUUUGGUUUUGCUUUAUCAUAUGU